AUGUCUUCCUCUUCGGCCCACCUGAACCACCUCCAACUUCCAAACAUCAACGGUGGAGCCACGGCGGCGCCUCCUCCAACUCCAUCAUGCAACACCACCACCAAGUCGGAGUCAACAGCCGACGCUCUCUCCCGCCUCUUCAACCGUCUCCCUCCUAAUCUCUCACUCCCUAACCGCCGCUCCUCUUCCCUAUCCUCCACUGUAGCCUCUCUUCCAACGGUAACUCUCUCCGCCGAGAGCUCCGACGAUCUUAUCUCCGCCGCUACUGAGUUCGGCUACUUCCAACUCGCUGACUCGGACACUAUCAUCACUUCUGGACUCGCGGAAGCUGCCGAGUCUGAAGCUCUUUCUCUCUUAGAGCUAACUGAGGAGGAGAAGGAAACAACCUUUCCAAAAAACUGGCCACUUGGAUACGAAGCCGACGCUGAAACGCCGUCGUUUUGCUUAGACUUAAACUGUACAACCGAGUCUGGCGAGUUGAAGCUAAGCUCACUGAGCGAGUUCACUCGGAGUCUCGAGAAAGUUGGACUUAAGACGGUAGAGAUGCUGGUGAGAGCAUUAGGGUUCAAGGACCCGUUUGGAAAUGACUCUACCCGGUUUAGUACUCUGAUGUGGCUUAACCAAGAUGUUCCGGAUGAUAAACCGGCAAUAACCAACGGGUUUUAUCCGUUUGUUGUCUGUUUACAGUAUCAGAUAAGGGAACAGAAGUAUUGUUUGCUGUCGGAAUCUGGCUGGGUGUCUGUAUCGCCUCGAGUUGGCUCGGUUCUUGUGACGCUAGGUGACAUUGCUCAGGUUUGGAGAAAUGGAGAGCUGAAAAGAGUGAGAUAUAGACCGGUGGUGUGCUCAGGACAACUUGAUGAUCCAAGAAAGUGUGUAACAAUGACUUUGAUGCUUACACUUCCAAUAGACUCUAUGAUUUCCCCACUGAAAGAUAUCAGUGACGGAAACAAAGAAGAAGAAGAAGAGAACACAGAGGAUGAGGAGGAAGGCGGAUCGAGAAGUGAUGAGAGAAAGGCAUUUCAGUCUUUUUGUUUUGAGGAUUACGCAUGGAGAGUAUACCAUGAACGUCUCUUCUUCAAGGAUCCACUUGACAGAUACAGAAUCAAACCUUAG